CACACACACGUCAAUUAUAUCAAAAUGAUGUGUGUGUGAAUUACUAUCGUGUUUAUCAAUUACAAAAAACCACUGUGUUAAAUCAAAAAAACAAUUUAAUCCAAUUAUUAAUAAGCAUGUGCAAUUCCUAGCGACGAUUUUAUUAGAAAAUUCGAAGAAAAUAUCAAAAAAAUGGCGCUAUCACAUCUGUUCCCGAUGCAGAGGUUAUGCAGAGUUUUCAAAUUAACACAAUUAGCCACAAAUCAAAUGCAAAACCAGCGAAGGAAUUUAAUUAGGAACAAGGAAUUCAUUAGAUACUUUUCCAAUGAAGAUAAAACUAAUGUAGCAAAACCAACGACCAAAGUAGAAAAGACACAAGAGAAACCCGCAUCAGAAAAAUCUCCAGAAAAGCCUCAAGAAAAAGUUGCAACGACUGAGACAGCAAAUCUAAAUUUAUCUAGUGAAGAAAAACCUAUACCUUUAUUAUCACAAUUGUUUUCACAAACUGCCGCCAAUGAUCCUGAGGAGCUCGAAAAAGAGAGGAAAAAAGAAGAGGAGGAAAAUAGGAAGGAAAAGGAAAACGCUUGGAAGAAAAUGAAAAUCGGUUUUGCGGUGUUUGGAGUUUCUAUGACAAUAGUUGGCAGUUGUCUUGUCAUCGAAUAUGGUAUGCCGGGUAAAGAUGACGAUGGAAACAUCAUCGAAGAUGAAUUUAGUUCUUUGCCUGCACCUAAGCAGUAUAUUUAUAGAUUGUGGAACGCUAUGAUGUUCUAUCAAAAGUUAAUCAAAGAACCAUCCCGCAAGCAUUUACUACCAGACCCUCUUCCGUACCCCUACAUUCAGCCCCCUUAUACCCUGGUCAUCGAACUGACCGAUGUGCUAGUACAUCCCGAUUGGACGUACCAGACCG